CCUAUGGUGGACUGGGCCCGCAUUCCUGUCAACCGACGAGCCAUGGCCUGCCAGCCCUACGCUUCAGCCCAGCUCCGGCGCUCGGCAGGAGGUAAAAGGUUUGCCACGCAACCGCUCGCAGGACAUGCAAACGUAUCAUGCAGACGUCCAAAGUGCCAACGAUGCACCACCCGAGCAGGAUUGGAUCAUUGACCCAGCAAAGUGGCUAGACUGGCAGAAGACCAUCCGUACGCUCACAUGGGUCCGGCGGUUCAUCUCGAACUGCCGUGCAGCAGCAGAGGAUCGCCUGGCAGGAGAGCUCACCCCGAUUGAGUUGGCUGACGCAGAGCUGUACGUCGUUCGGAACACGCAGCGUGAUGCGUUCGCUGCUGAGAUAGUCCUCCUGAGGAAACGCAAAGCAGUGCAUGCUACCAGUAAGCUGGCCAAGCUGUGUCCAUUUCUUGACGACGAUGGUGUUCUACGCUGUGAAGGGCGCUUGCAGUAUGCGGAGUUCCUGCCACGAGACGCUGUCCAUCCGAUCAUCCUGCCGCGGAAGCAUGCCGUGACCAAGAUGCUAAUCAGGUUCCAACACGAGAAGGGAAAGCACGCUGCGGGGACGAACGCAACAUUGUCUGCGCUCGCCGCCCGCUAUUGGGUCAUCGCCGCACGGGAGGCCGUCCACGAGUGGGAACAGGAAUGCGCAGUCUGUCGCCGGUACCGGAGCAAGCCAGCUGGGCAACGAAUGGCACCGCUGCCGGUCAGUCGGAUCGUGCCCUCUCAUCGUGCGUUCAGCCGCGUGGGCGUCGACUACGCCGGCCCCUUCCUCACCAUGCAGGGACGCGGUCGGGCCAGAACCAAACGCUAUCUGUGUGUAUUCACGUGUCUGGAGACGCGCGCUGUACAUCUGGAGCUCGCAUUCUCACUCGACACAUCUAGUUUCAUCAACUGUUUCUUCCGGUUCGUGAGCCGGCGCGGCCUUCCCAAUCAAGUCAUAUCGGACAAUGGCACAAACUUUGUUGGUGCAGUUCGGGAGCUGAAGGACCUCAUUCGCAACAUCGACCAAACCAAAAUCCAGACGGGCACCGCACAUCAUGGUGUGUCCUGGUCGUUCAACCCUCCAGCAGCACCUCAUUUCGGUGGUGUGUUCGAGAUUAUGGUGAAGGCAGCCAAACGUGCUAUUUACCACAUUCUGUCUGGCAGUGACAUCACCGACGAGGAUCUGCUGACCGCCUUUGCCGGAGCAGAGGAUCUGAUCAACUCUCGCCCGAUCACUGCCAUAUCAGUCAACCCCAACGACAAUUUGCCCCUCACCCCGAAUCAUUUUCUGAACGGGAGACUUGGAGAAGUCGUCCUACCGGAGUCUGAUCAUCCGCGUCAGCGAUGGCAACGCAUUCAGGAGCUGCUUGGGCAUGUCUGGCGUCGCUGGAUCCAGGAGUGGCUGCCUCAGCUCAGCAAGCGGGUCAAAUGGACGGCAGACCAACGCAACGUGAAGGUUGGUGAUGUCAUGCUGUUGCUGUCUCCAGACACCGCUAGGCGUAAAUGGCCCUUGGCUCGGGUUCUGGAAGUCUACCCCGGGAAGGAUGAACGAGUACGUGUUGCCAAGGUGCAGGUGGGUGAUCGUACUCUUGUGCGACCCAUCAACCGCUUGUGCCCACUGGAGUAUGCGCCAGAGUGAUGGACUGAUGUGGACAGCUUUUCUGCUGUCUGUCUUCUAAAAAUCAUUGCAUGUCCUCUAUCUUCUUAUUAUUAUUAGUCAGCGGUAUUGCUAUAUCUUUACCCUGCUGCGGACCUGCUGUCUAGCCACCUGGACUUGCUUUGCUAAGUACACGAUGUUGGGUUCUUAGUGGUGGAGCUAGUAAGGUACUAUUUAUUUUGUUUUAUUUCGAUCUGGUCACGUUGUCUCAUAUCGAGGAAGAGGAGAAUGUUACGGAGGUAGCCUCAAUUGAAGUAUUAUUCGUUCUCGUUCUGCUUCUUUGAAUGUUGCUGAACAGUUUUCCUCUCCAUGCUCUGCUAAAUCGUUGCCUGUACGCGCCACGUCUAGCGCCUUGUUUCUACGCUAGCACUUAGCACCUUAUUCGUCAUCACGCGCUCUUCUUACGUCUAGCGCCUUGUUUCUACGCUAGCACUUAGCACCUUAUUCGUCAUCACGCGCUCUUCUUAUCUACAUGCAUGUGCUAGGUGUUGGUGUAGAGGCAGGGUGUUGGAUGUGGCCGUCGCUCUUGCUAUAUAAGUUCAUCGGAGCGUAGGCACAGUUGUUGUUUUCCAGAGUUCUGCUUGUGAUGGUAUUCUUCUGAAUGGUCAUCGAAGUAAAUCUGAGUAUGGUUCAAGACAGUUAGUUGCCUUUCGAGAAUAUCUCUGGGUUUAU